UUGGGGGCAGUGUGGCACUGAGAUGUCAGUUAUCCGCACCUACUCUUGUGGGAAAUUGAUCUGGUUCACAUGUAGUAAACUGGAGGAAGGAUCUCUGCUCCUGGUACUGAAUUUAAGACAAGAUGGAAAUACUCGGCAGCACUUUUGAUGAUUCAGUAUUUGAAGAAUCGAGAAAUAAAGAUUCGUUAACAGUUCCUCCGUCAUAUAAACCCAAAUCCUGCGAUUCAGAGUGGUUCUGUUACCAUGAAAAAUUUGAAGAUGUGCUGGAUGAACAGAAAACCAUGAAGUAUAGAGCUGAUCUGAAAUACAGGAAAAAACAGUAUCAGGGUGCAAUAGAGGACUACUUAGCUUGCCUUCCUUUAGUGCAGAAUAACAAUCUGUCUACUAAGAGGGACUUGCUGGAAGGUAUCGCACGAUGCUACAGUCAUCUUGGACACAGAAAACAAGCCCUAGAGACCUGUGAAAAGUUGAGGAAAGAAACAUCCAACACAUGCCACCUGACCUCUGUGCUUCAGCUUGAACUGAGCAUCCACAAAGAAGGUGCAGAUCUGAUCAGCAGCAUCUCCAUCCUCCAACAGCUCUGUUCCAUUCAUCCCUACAACCCCUGGAACUGGCUCCAACUAGCCACCAGCUACCAAACCCACCUGCAGAACAUUUCCACCAGUUCACAGGAUCUGAAAGAUACACCAGAACAGGACUUUAUUCAUCAACACGAAAAAGAAACAUUGCAGCUGAAGGCCUGCAUGUGUUUUGUUAGAACAAGGCUCCUGUUUGAGAUACUAAGGUUUCAGCAGUUCUCAUUCGUUCUGGAGAAGAGCACGAGAGCCCUGCAAGUCAUUGAGGAGUCUCUGCAAAGGUUGCAGAUCAAGGAGAAAACACUCCAAACUGUAUCAGAGGUAAUGGCAGAAGAUCUAAACCCAGAGAAGAUGAGAGAGGAGAACCAGGACGGUGAGGGUUUAUCAGGUCUAACCAUUAAGGACUUUGACCAGAGGUGGUGGAACAAGCUUUACCCAAGACUAACUUAACAAUAGAAUUUUCCAGUAAUGACCAAACAAAAACCUGAUGUACAUCGACUCAGCAUUUAAACACUGAAUCUGUUUAACAGUGCGUUUAAAAUGUGCUUUGAAAUGUAUUGCCAAAUAAAGAUUUUAAAUAUU